AUGGAAACAGGAAAAGUAUCCGCAGGUCACCUUACCUACCUCCGUCAAGCUCUCGACCUUGCCCGACUUUCUCCACCUAAACCUACCAAUUUUCGCGUUGGCGCAUUACUUCUCAAUGCUUCUACGAACACUGUUAUUGCAACAGGUUAUACACUAGAAUGCCCUGGCAAUACACACGCAGAACAAUGUUGCUUCAUAAAGUUCUCUCAAGCUCACAAUAUACCUGAAGAUCAGCUUGCAGAUGUGUUGCCAGAACAUACGAUAUUAUAUACCACAAUGGAGCCAUGCGCAAAGAGGUUGAGUGGGAAUGUUAGUUGUUCAGAGAGAAUCUUGAGGCUAGGUGAAACUGGGAAAGGAAUUCGAAAGGUGGUUGUUGGCGUGAGAGAGCCAGAGAAAUUUGUGGGCGAGAAUGAAGGGAGGAGAAAGUUGGAAGAUGCGGGCAUUGAGGUAUUGCUGGUGAAAGGAUUAGAGGAAGAAAUCUUGGAGGUUGCUACAGCAGGACAUGUUCCUGCAUCUGAUAGAUGAACAAUUGUACGCUGUUCUGCAUAUGGUGCAUUGGCCUCUUUAAGCGCGA